AUGCCGAUACAGUCGCGGGAAGUUGUCACCCUCAAUCUGAUCUUUGAUUGUUGGGUAGAGGGUGAAGAAGGCUCAGAAGACGAGCAAGGCCUGGUCAAAGACGCUCAAGUUGCCUCACGUCUCCUCCUCCUGCCUACCGAAGUCCGCCUCCGAAUCUUGCGCUACCACCUACUCGUCGACAGAAACCGCCACGCUCAUACACGCCGCCCAGCCGCCAACACUGUCCCUGAGCUUCUGUUUGACUCGCCCAACAUUCUGGAGGCAUCGGUGUUCAAACAUAAAGGCGAACAAGAGAUCAAUGGCUCUCUACCAAUCAUAAACAGAUGCACUCCUCAGACUGCGGUCUUGCAGACGUGCAAACAGAUUUACCUGGAAGGGACUUCAAUUCUCUACAACGAGAACAAGUUUGUUGGACUCCAGUCGCGGAUCAAGGGCUUGGGAGCCAAAUUCAGAAACUAUGGCAUACCCGUCUGGGGCCCUCUACCAGCAUCUCGUCUGAUCAACUGUCCGUCUGAUCCCAAGAACAGCGGUUUCCAGGAAGCAAAGUUCAAUCCGCUCAUUCUGUUCAGUGCGCAGAGCAGCAAGUCAGACACUCCAUUCUACGUGUGCAGCUACAAGGAUGCGGCGGAUUUCAUGCAUGCGCUAUGGAUCAUGGUCGAAUGUCCCUUCUCUCGUGGCAUGCGGUACAACUUGACUUUGUCAUACGAGCCGAACUCUCGUUUGAUCAACCGUGUCGACAAUUUCAUGAAAUACAACGCCUUGCCUUUGUUGCACGCUCACAUCAGGUCGGUCGAUUUCCACCGUCCAGCAAAUACUGCUGCAGAACAUGGUCAAGAUAUCAUGUCCAAGCACCUUGAGAAGCGGCUGCAGUCCAUCCGUGAUGAGUAUGCUAUGCACAAGGCGCGCAGCGCAGCUGAGCCCAACCUUUACGCCUACAAUGCCAUUUGUACUUAUCUGGAGAAUGUGAUGCAGCAGGCCGAUUUGUUCGUCGAGCGUGUGGACUUUAUGAGCGCCGAACUGUUCUACGAACGAGUGUACUACGAAGCAUCGGGAAUCAUUCGCACGCGAACUAGUCCGCUCGUGGACGUGUCGGCCAGGGGCAGGGAAGGCAUCAACCGCGUUUGCAAGCUGGUUGCCGUGAGUGCAUACAGACUCUGUGAGCUCCGAAGCGGAACGUUGGGACACAAUAUGGCUCGACGACUGAGAAUCUUCCUGAUGCAACUUACGGAGGACACAAUUGGUACGAAUGAUUCGACAUUUGGCUCUGGCUCACAGCCCACCAGCACGGCUGGCCCUUCUCGUUCGUCUGCUCCGCUGCCUCCGCAUCCUGAUGAUGGACCAAUCUGGUCAAUCUGGUCCGAGCAGGCAUGGAUCAGGGCCAGCCUGCGCCCCAGAUGGCACGACGAGCGAAUGAAACACACCGCCGCGACUUUUGGCCAAUUCACCGACGACGGCGAAGCAGACGUCGAAGCCUCAGGAUCUGCAUACACUCGCCGUCUCACGACACGCCUCCACCCGACUCUAGCGCGAGAAAUGGCCAUCGAACACGGUCUCCUCGCACUCCGACUCCCGUGCGCCAGCCCGGUUCACGAAUGGAACGUCCGUCUCGAAACCAUGCUCCUCCGAGCGUUCGCCCAACGCGACGACGACCUUGGCAAUGUGUUCUUGAGUGUCUGCCGCAUGCAGACGCACGUCAACCUAGUCUGGCUCGAGGCCAAAGCCAACGCAAACACCGGCCCUCAGUGGGACGCACUUCAGGAACUGCUAGCCCGUCUUACCAACCAAGUUGUGCCAGGCGGCAAAAUGAAGUGUCCCUACAACACGGCCGACCAGGUUCAAGAUGUCGUUGCUUCCUUGUGGGGGGAACGCUUGAGACCCAAAAAGAGCUACAACAGCCUCGUCUGGACCUUUCGAUGGGCAGGCUAG